AUGCCUCCACACGUGCCGCGCAAGCGAUUGCGCGAGGAGUCGCCCGUCAAGUCAAGUCCUAAACGACAACAGGUGGCAAAGGGCAAAAGCAAGCCUGCCGCUUCGGGUGCACGCCGAAAGCCGACCCUGUACGAUGACCUGGAUGCUACUGCCACGCCGGAGUCAUCCAAAGGUGGCCGUUCUGUUUUGGAGGUCUUGAGCGACAGCGACGAGGAUAGCUCAUUGACCGAUCUAUCCGACGGAGAUUUCGAGGAUGUUCCUGUUGGCGAUGGACAGAAGCCGGAGGAAGCAAACGAGCCGUCCGACGAUGAUGAUAACGACGACAUCGAGUUCGAGGACGUUCCUGCUCCGAAGAACACCCUAGCAAAGGCGCCGACGGGAUUCACCAACUUGCAGCUCACUCUGGAUGCUGGCUUCGGCGCUACGACAGAUCCCUACGGCGACAAAAAGGGGCCAACCAAGCGCGAGAAAAAGAUCAGAAAUGUUACGCACUGCAUUCACGUGCAGUACUUGCUGUGGCACAAUGCUGUGCGAAAUUCUUGGCUCUGCGACCCCGAAGUUCAGGCAAUCAUGAUGUCUCAUAUCCCCCCUCGUCUAUGGGAUGAGGUGGACCGAUGGAGGAGAACCAGUGGACUGGAUGCGCAACCGAAAUCCAAACCAACCCUGAUGAAGAAGCCCACGCCGGUGAAGAAGACCCGGGGUAAAGGCAAGGCAAAGAAGACCGAAGAAAAAGACUCGAGAGACUGGGGUGCCGCAGCAGAGAGGCUCGAAGAGGGGGCUGUUGAUAUGAGCCACGGUGACCCGCUGUUCCGACUUAUGAAGUCGCUGGUGGCGUGGUGGAGGCAACGGUUCCGUAUCACAGCACCCGGGAUCCGGAAGUGGGGCUACAUGCACCCUGAAAGAGUUGGCAGACUGAGAAAGGCGUGGGAGAGCGAGGAUCACGACCAAGAUCGGUUCGGGGAAAGGAUCUGCGGCUUGGAGGAAUUUCGCCGAUGCGCCCAAGAAUGCACAGGAAGCCGAGACGUAGGAUCUCAGCUGUUCACGGCGCUUAUGAGGGCCCUGGGACUCGAGGCUCGAAUGGUUGCAAACUUGCAGCCGCUUGGUUUUGGAUGGACGAAGGCGGAGGAAGCUGACCCUGAAAAGGACAAGGCUGGAGUCUCGACAUCUAAGAGCAACGACGAGAAGAGUCAAGAAAGUGAAAAGACGAAGAAAGGCACCAAGAAAGGAACGAAAACAGCACCCAAGAAAGCGACUCCAUCCAAAACGACAAGUUCGAGACGCGCAAGUCAGAAAAAGACCGUCAUCGAGGUGCCUGAUACAGAUGAUGAACUUGGGUUAGAGCAUCCUGACAGCGACGACGAUUCGAUUGUAGAAUUGGAGGUCACCCCUCGGAAAUCGGCUCCAUCCAAGAAGUUUGACAACGAUCUAGAGUUUCCACAUUAUUGGACGGAAGUCAUGUCACCGGUAACGAAGAAAUAUCUGCCGGUUGACCCGAUCGUCAAGAAUGUUAUUGGUACCAACCGAGAGCUGAUUGAGUCUCUGGAACCCCGCGGAGGCAAGGCAGACAAGGCCAAGGAAGUAAUGGCGUACGUUGUCGGCUUCUCCCAAGAUGGAACAGCAAAGGACGUCACCGUUCGUUAUCUCAGAAAACAACUGUGGCCGGGAAGGACGAAGGGAGCAAGAAUGCCUUUGGAGAAAGUACCUAUUUACAAUCGCCAUGGCAAGGUAAAGCGACAUGAUCACUUUGACUGGUUCAAGUCUGCCAUGCACGGAUUCGUUAGGGGCAGUCGGAAAUACCCCCUUACCGAGGAGGAUGAGGCCGAGAACACAACUGACUUGACUCCGGCUCAACCCGAGAAGAAGGAGGUGAAGGAGGGCAGUGAGACCCUGGCUUAUUACAAGCAGUCCAAGGAGUUUUGUCUGGAGCGACAUCUCAAACGCGAAGAAGCACUCAUACCCGGUUCAAAACCUGUCAAGACUUUUAGAAACAAAGGCAAAGGCGGGGACAUAUCGGAGGAGCCAGUUUUCUCGAGAAAGGACGUUGUCAAUGUCAAGAGCGCAGAGACGUGGCAUAAGCAAGGCAGAGCACCAAAGCCUGGUGAACUGCCCCUCAAGCGAGUGCCGUACCGCGCUGCCACAACUAACAGACGCCGAGAAAUCGCGGAGGCGGAAGCCAUUAGCGGCGAGAAGGUUCUUCAAGGACUGUACAGUCUUGAGCAGACGGACUGGAUCAUCCCGCCGCCUAUCAAGGACGGCAUCAUCCCGAAGAACGAUUAUGGCAACAUUGAUCUUUUCGCCGAGCACAUGUGCCCCGAAGGUGCUGUCCACGUCCCUUUCCGAGGGGCCGUCAAGGUUUGCAAGAGGCUCGGCAUCGACUACGCAGAAGCUGUGGUGGACUUUGAAUUUGGACAUCGAAUGGCGGUUCCCGUCAUUCAAGGUGUGGUCAUUGCGGAGGAAUACCACGACCAGGUUAUGGAAGAGAUCCGCAAAGACGAAGCUGAGCGAGCACGCAAGGAGGACGAGAAACGGCGCAAAGAGGCAUUACGACUUUGGAGCAAGUUUAUCAAAGGGUUGCGCAUUGUCGAGCGCAUUCGGCAGGAUUACGGCCAUGUCGAUGACAGCGUUCCUGUUUUCCAGAAGCAUGGCGGGAGCAAGGAAGCUAAGGAGGACCAGGACGAGUCAUCUAAAGCGGAUGCAGAGGCGAUGCGGGUGCGAGAUGAAGAGAUGGCGGGCGGCUUUUUCCCUGAAGGGCAUGACGAAGAGGAGGCAGGCGGCUUCUUUGCCGAAGGACACGAAGAAGAAGAGGCUGAGCCCAAGCGGCUUACGUCAGGGUUCUUUCCAGUCGUCAAUGACGAAGAUGGCGACGAGAAUAUGGACGAUGCACUGGUUGUGGAUCACGGUGGUGAAGAUCAACCCAUUGCGGAAAGCGCGGAAGGCGUGGAGGACGUCGCUGAAGAGGCUUCAGAACCAGAGCCUCUCCCCGCGCCUGUGAAGGCUAAACCACGGGCGAAGAAAGCAACGAAAGCUACGACCAGAAGAUCGACCAGGCGCAGACGGAAGGUCGUUUCCGAAAGCGAGGAAGACGACGACGUAGAUGAAGAUUUCCAAGAUUCGGACGACGAUUAUGUGUGA